CUACGAACCUGCUCAAGCCCUCAACCCAGUCGAAACCCACCUGCGAAACUCAAGCCAGCGAAGCACAACGAAGAUGGCACCCAAAGGCCGUCGUAAUCAGAAGGGAACUAGCGUACCCAAGGUCGUAGCCCAGCCGGAACUUGCACCGCAGCAAACGGGAAUCGCAGAUGCGCCGGUCACCGCCAUCGGCGAGAAGCGCCCCGGCUUUGGGUACGCGGGGACGAAGGAGAACAACGACGUGAACAUGUUCGAGCUCACGCUCAAGCGUGGCACGAUCUAUCACUAUGACGUAGACAUGGUCAACGACAAGCCUCUGCCCGUCCGUCGCGGCCUCGAGUUGUUUGCCCGCCUCCAGGAAGUGUCCCCCAACAUCUUCACCCAGAAAGUCGUGUUCGACGGGAGGAAGAACAUGUACUCCUCCUACCGUCUUGACGUCCCCGACAACUCCAAAGAGUUCGAGAUCACCGUAAGUCCCAGAAACGAGACCCGGCCAGCCCGUAUCCGCAUCGUCAAGAUCAAGCUCGUGAAGGAGAUCAAUCCCGAGUCACUCCUCCGGUUCACCCAAGGCAAGCAGUCGUUCGACGAGGAAGCGCAAACGACCCUUCAGGCUCUCAAUGUUGCCUUGCGCAUGGAACCAAUGCAGAAUCUCCCCUUCAACACACGCAGCUUCUUCACCCCCAUUGGCAAGAAGGCGUUGCCCGGAGGACUCGAGCUAUGGAGAGGAUACUUCCAGUCCGUACGACCUGUCAUCGACAAACUCGUCGCCAACGUCGACAUCUCAACCGCUAUCAUGUACCAGACGGGCUCGUUGAUCAGUCUAUGCCUCAAGCAUCUCAACCUCCCUCUCGACAACCCAUCCGCCCUAGCAGAUCUCGACACUCGUCGAUCGUACUCUCUCAAGCGCUUCCUCAGCGGGCUAAGGGUUACUACUACCGGAGGCCAGACGGCCCAGCGGUUGCCUCGCGCGAUCACUGGGCUCCGGCGAGAGGGCGCCAGCAAGACCAUGUUCAACCUCAGGCGCGAUGGGGAACCCGACACCACCAUUUCCGUCGCCGAAUACUUCAAGAAACUCGGCCGGCCUCUGCGGUACCCUGCCCUGCCCUGCGUUGAGGUCUCGUCGGGCAAGGCGCUUCUGCCACUUGAGGUUUGCGACGUGCCGGAGGGACAAUCUUGGCGUGGUCAAAUCGCACCUGAACUGACGGCCGAAAUGGUCAAGUUCUCGACGCUCAACCCCACAGCUCGCUUCAAUGCGAUUCAACGCGGUCGGGAGGUCCUUGGAUACGAUCGGAGCGAAUGGCUUCAGCAAUUUGGCAUCACGAUCAGCAAGACGCCGAUUCAGGUCGAAUCGCGCACGCUUGCUGCCCCAAUCAUGCAAUACGGAAUCAAGCCCGGUCUCCGCCAGCAGGCUGAGAACAUGAUUCCUACGGGAGGCGCUUGGAAUGUGAAGGGGAAGCGAUUCUUCAAACCGAUGCCGCUUAACUCGUGGGCUGUCUUGGUGGUCGAGGACAAGUCACGCUUCCCGCUCGAUGCCCUGAAAUCCUUAAUCAUCGGGCUCAAGAAGGAAGCUGCGAAUUACGGCAUGCUCCCAGUCAAUGACCCCGUUCUGUCAGAGCAUGUCUCUCCUCAGCAAAGCGUAACAAAGCGUCUAGAAGAACUUCCUGCUAGAUUGCGUGCAAAUAAGCUGCCACUGCCACAGAUCGUCUUUUUUGUCCUCCCCUUCAACGGUGACGAGAGAUGGACUGAGGUCAAACAGUAUGCACGAAGUCAUCUCAACCGCGGAAUGUUCACUAACGGUCCUGCAGCUGAGGCGACAUCGUUGUUUAGCGGUGUGGCUACGCAAUGCCUGAAAGCGCAGAAGAGUGCACACGCUAAUUCUCAGUACUGGGCCAAUGUUUGCAUGAAGAUCAACGCCAAACUCGGCGGCAUAAAUGUGAUCAUCAAACCCGGAGACCCUUCGAACCUCCUCGCCGACCGGACCAAACCGACGCUGGUCCUCGGCGCGGACGUCAUCCACCCUAGCCCAGGCGCUGUCGGUCAAUCGUCGUAUGCGGCGAUGGUAGGUAGCGUGGAUCCUGAUGCAGCCAAGUACCGUGCCACCAGCCGGGAGCAGACGUCGCGCCAGGAACUCAUCGACGACUUCGAGGACAUGGCAAAAGAGUUGAUACAAGCGUACAUGGACGCAAGGAAACAAGAGGGAAAGUCAGCCGGAGCGAGUAAACCAACGAGGAUCUUCUUUUACCGCGACGGUGUCUCCGAAGGUCAGUUCAAGCAAGUGAAGGACGAGGAGCUACAGAAGCUACGAGCCGCAUGCCGCUCGCUGGAAGUGACAGCCAAGAUCACGUUUAUUAUCGCCACAAAGCGGCACAACACGCGCCUGAAUCCUUUGGGCACUAAAGACAGGAGCGGGAAUGCGCCUGCGGGCAGCGUUAUCGAUACUAACAUCGUUGAUCCCGUCGAGUUCGACUUCUACCUGCAAAGUCACGCGGGAAUCCAAGGGACGAGCAGGCCCGUGCAUUACUGGGUCCUUCGCGAUGAAAACAACCUCAGUGCUGACGCUCUCCAACGCUUCACGUACAACCUCUGCCACGUCUACGCUCGAGCGACGCGCAGCGUGUCGAUUCCCGCGCCAACCUAUUACGCCGACAUCGUGUGUGCACGCGCGAAGACUCACUACAAGUACCGCAACGACCAUUCCGUUCCAUCCGGAGAACCCACGGAGGCGAACGAGCAGGCCAGAUUUCAGCAGGUACACCCUCGGCAGAAGGGGCACAUGUACUAUCAGUGACGGCGCAGUGAAAUCAUGUAGCGUCCAGAGGAUCACUAGGUCACCAUGCAGAGACGUAGCGCUCGUAGUUUCCCGUAUUUUUCUGUGGUUCCUCAGGCGCGGAACUAUGGCGAUUCAAAAUUCUAUUCCUUGCACUCCGAGUCUAAACGACCGACUGAUUGCUACACUGCAGACAAUGCUGCACCACAGAACGAGCGA